AAGCUACAUGUUCACAGUCGGCCAUCGGAGAAGCACUGCGACCAGUUAAUGAAGCAAGGCAAGACGCAACGGCGAUAUUUGCUUUUCGUGUUCCACUCCGCCUGCCCUGUAACAGUAUUCAACAUAAUAGCACCACAAGUGGGUCGCUACGCUCACACUGAAACCCUGAUAACGAGCGGUGACAGUAACAGUCAUUAAAGAGCAAUGCAGUUUUGAAGGAAUCUGUGCCGAGUCAGCGAAAGCGUUUUCUUAACUGACAGCUUGCAGGACAUCUUGGCAACUCCCUUCCUGGCACCUACUCACCCACACAAAGCUCCUUUUUUGGCUCCGUGUUGCACAGUACAGCACGCAGGUUUACACUGGUGAUGAACGGAAAGCCCUCGGGCACAGCGUCAGAGUCAGACGCAGUCGGGCUCUCGGACCAGACAUCGUGACAUUUGUGGACUUUACCGGCUGAGUGGAAGCAACCAGCGUUGAGAUAAAGCGAAGAGACACGAACACAGUCUCAUUCAGCCUCUUUGGGGGGAGUAUUCAGGCAUGGGGAUGGAAAACCCUCUUUAAGCUCAUAUUCAGGUGAAACCCGGACUAUUGGCAAUACACAGGUCAAACCAGGUGUUGAGGUCAGUCAUGGAGAUGGGCUCUUGGUGCAGGCGUGGUUCGGCACCAUCGGGACUGCUCUCGACCUCCAAAGGAUGGCUGCGUCGGUACUUGCUGCUGAAGCUGGUGACGGUGCUGUUGCUGCCCCACACGGCAGGUGUCCCCCUGCUGGUGGGCUGUGUGUUCAGCCUGCGGGCCCUGCUGCUGCUCCACUCCCCUCACACCUCCACCAAGCCCUCCACCGUGCUCCUGGCCCGGCUGGCCCUCACCGACUCUGUAGUGCCGCUGCACUGGAUGCUCCAGCUGGCCGGGUGGAUGGAGGAGGCGCGCCGCGGGACGGCGACCGGCCUCGUGGAGGAGUCAGCCUGUUGGAGGGAGGCGCUGGGUGCGUUCUGUCAGCGGCUGCUUGACACGCACCACCUGGCCUCUCUGCUGCUGCUGGGGCUGCUGGGUCUGGAGGCCGUGCUGGUGUCACGCUGGCCUCAGCAGACUCUGAGAUUCAGGACUUCUCACUGGGCUCAGCUCUGCUGCAACCUGGUCUGGAUACUCGUGCUGCUGGAACUGUGCUUCUCACUGCAGCCAAAUUGUUUGCAGGACUCGAGGUCUGAGACACCUCAAACCUCUCCAAGUUCCUUUUUGGGUGUGAUGCCAGAUGUCUCGUCCUGCCUGAGGAGGACAUUAUGGCUGGUGAAUUUAUGGCUGCAUUACGCCGUCCUCUUUCAUAGACCACAGAAGGGGAAGAGCUCUUUUCAUUAAAAGACUAUUGUGACAUAACUGGAUAUUCAGGUUAAUAUUUAUACAUUGAAGCCGUUUCUUGAGAUUUAACUUGAACAGAACAUGUCCCCUGUGGCUAAAAGUGGCAACUAUAUAUCAUAGAUUGACUGUUUACAUGUGUGGGCUUUGAGUUUGGUGGUCCAAGGGUUGACAUGUGAUGUGACAAUUAGUUGUUUUUAUGAACUACAUUAUGGUGUGACCAUAGUUCACGUGGGAUUUUCUUUUUAAACGUGGAGUAUGGUGAAUAGCUAGCCGCGUAGAUGUGGCUUAAAGUAGGAUUUUCAAUAAAAUGUUUCUUCAGUUUACAUCUGUGAAGCUUUCUAAGGAAACUGAUCUGGCAUUUCAAAGGUUGUAAACAUGCUCCCAUACUGCAUUCCCUCAACUGUUUUGUCUGGCAGACACGUAUCGAGUGAAAUAUGACACUCUAACGCAUUUUUUCAAUGUGUGUUCAGUUGGAAUAAGCAUCACAUCUGACAAACACAGCGGCUCACAAAUGUUGACAUUUCUUUUUUGCAGGGAAACCUUUGCACAGUGAGACCAGAUCCAGAGCAGUAAACACAUACUGGGACGAUUUCGCAGCCAACAUUUUUUUCCCUGUUGAACUGAAACUGCUCCAGCUUAACUUUGUUGCAAUGGAUGCUAUCAACACGUUUACUCAGCCAGCUAGCGAUCAGAUAAUACACAAGAGACUGCAUAUCCUCAAACACGGGGCACAGACACUAAUCUGAGGACAUGAACCCUACAAAAAGUAUAUCAUCCAAGUCAA